AUGAUUGAUUAUACUUCAUAUAAAUAUUUGGAUAUACAAAAAAAAUGGAUCAUUUGUGAAGGAUAUUUACAUUAUCGUUAUGGUCAAAUUAAAUUAUUAAAUCUUUCACAAUUUGCAAAUUAUUAUGUUGUUUUAGCAAAAAUUCCAAUUGAAGAUGAUAAAUCAAUUUUUGUCAUGUAUUUAUAUCAAAAUCAAAAACAAAAACCAUCAAAAUUUUUUCAAUUAGAUGAAUAUGAAAGAGGAAUAUAUCACGAAGAUGAAUAA